AUGGCAUUUCAAGGAUAUUCUGUAAAACACAGUGUUGUAGAUCAAUUAGUAGAAUUUAAAGGUUCAAUUUUCCUUGGGACAAAAGUCCAUGCACCAUUAAGUAAAUAUGAGCAUGUCUAUGUCUUGCCUAUGGAGAAUGUAUUGGCUACAAAAGGAACAGGGGUCGUAACAUCGGUACCUCCAGACUCGCCGGAUGAUUAUAUCACACUUCAGGAUUUAAAGAAAAAGGCAGCAUAUUAUAAUAUUGAUCCUUUGUGGGUGGCAGAUUUUGAACCAAUACCAAUUAUUAAUACUCCAACAUAUGGUGAGUUGGCCACACCUAAAGUUUGCAAAUUGAAAAAAAUCAAUUCACAAAAGGAUCGGGCAGCUUUAACAGAUGCUAAAGAAUUGGUCUACAAAGAAGGCUUUUAUGAUGAAACUAUGCUCAUAGGUGAAUAUGCUGGGAAGACUGUUCGAGAGGCAAAAGCUUUAAUCAAAGAUUUGUUGGUUUCAAAAGGGCUUUUAUUUAUAAUGAACCUGAAGGUCUUAUUAUGUCAAGAUUAUGGUGAGACAGAAUGGAGAAAGCAAGCUGAAGAAUGUUUGAAAAAAUUAAAUACUUUUGGUCUUGAGACUAGGCAUCAGUUUGAAAAAACUUUAGCUUGGUUAAAUCAAUGGGCUUGUGCAAGAUCAUAUGGACUUGGUUCUAAAAUUCCAUGGGAUUCUCAGUAUUUAGUUGAAGAUGGCUCAAAAACUGGCCUACUUGAGAUAGAGGCAUCAGAAAUGAUGGAUGAAGUUUGGGAUUAUAUAUUUUGUGAUACACAAUACCCAACUUCAACUACUAUUUUGAAAGAAAAAAUUGACACUAUGAGAAGAGAAUUCCGAUACUUUUACCCACUGGAUCUUCGGGUUUCUGGUAAAGAUCUAAUACCAAAUCAUUUGACAUUUUUCAUAUAUAAUCAAGUCUACAUAUUUCCUGAAAAACAUUGGCCUCGUGAAAUAUAUGGUGCGGAUGCAUUAAGAAUUGGUUUGGCAGAUGCAGGUGAUUCAGUUGAGGAU